GUGAUGCUCAACGCUCAUGUCCCGGAGAAGCUCAGGAUCAAGUACCAGAAAUGGAUCAGCGCCGAACAUAUUCCAGAAGAAUUUAAAGGCCGAGGUUAUGUGCCGUUCAUACCUGGGCACUUUUCAGAGACUCUUUUCAAAGAAUACACAAUAGCUUUCGAGGCCAGAUUUUCACCACUCCUGACGGAGGACGCCAUCCUACAACGGUUUCCAGAGACGUUCCUUUUAACCUGCGAGUACGACAUUUUACGAGACGAAGGCUUGCUGUACAAGAAACGGCUGGAAGACAAUGGUGUGUCCGUCACCUGGCAUCACCUGGAGGAUGGAUUCCACGGGAUCUCAUUGCUCGUAGGGUUUGGGCCCCUAGAAUUUCCUGGGACGAGGAGGGGUCUCAAAAACAUAAUCAAAUUCCUCGAACGGUACUAGAAACCGAACAGCCUCCUUCUCGUGUUUUGUUUGCCUUUCCAGCUUGGUGACCUUUGCC